UUUAAUUUUGUCUUGUCAUUUCAUGCCGAUCGCGAGAAACAAUCGCCUUUGAAGCACGCUUUUUGGAGAGGGCAAACUUGGCGAAUGGACAGCGCGAUGUGUUAAAACGUUUUCGAAAACGCGAUGAUCCUAGCGCUCGCUCGAACGGCCAACAGCCAAUUUUCGGGCGUGUUUAUGUUUGCUGUAUCGGUUACGGCAGCCAUCUUCCCUUCCCGUUCCCGCGGAGUUCGAAGGGUCUUUAAACAAUUACAUGCAAUUAACUAAUCAUAGGUUUUAUUUAUAAUUAUUUGACGUUACCCGUUACGCACUGCAUGGGCACAAUUAAAGAAUGAGAAUCGGUGAGUGUGCAAACAGUUCGCACUGAAUAUCUGCCCUGCCGUUUCCACAUCUCGAAGGUGCCGAAAGACCUCGGUUUUUACAACAAACGAGUUGCUUUGGUGAGAAAUUUUAACACAAUACCAGAGCGAGAGAGCCGCUUUUCGACGGAUCAAAGGUUUAAGAAAAAUUAAAAAGGCGAUAUGACGGCACUUCUAAAAGCUUUAACGAUCUUCCUUUUCGCUGCUACGCCGAUCUUGAUCGAAGCAACGGCCGGCGGAUGGUGGGUCGCAGUUUCUUUCGUUGCAAGCUCGACAGAGGACAGGCCUCAAGGCCCAGUGAAUAUCAUCAGCUCUGCUUUAUCGGAGGCGCAACAGAGAAUCAUCAGGAAUCAACGUUCCCCUAAUCUGGUUGAGACGAUCGCAAGCGCGGCACAAAUGGCGAUCAAUGAAUGCCAACGACAGUUCAAGGAUCGCAAAUGGAAUUGCUCUUCGACCAAUCCGUACAACGUUUUUGGUCAGAUUCUACAGAGAGCAUGUCGUGAGACCGCAUUCGUCUACGCGAUAACUGCGGCCGCGGUCAGUUACUCCAUCUCUCGGGCAUGCGCAGACCGUCAGCUUAGGUCCUGCACAUGCGACAAAUCGAACGAGGGCGUGGUCGACAAAGAUGGAUGGCAAUGGGGAGGAUGUGGAGACAACAUUCGUUUCGCCGAUAAAUUCGCGAGAAGAUUUCUCAACUCGGCGGAAAUCCACAAAGACUUUCGCGCCAGAGUGAAUAUGCACAACAACGAGGCUGGAAAAGCGGCCGUAAAAAACAACAUGGUUCGUCGUUGCACCUGUCACGGUAUUUCCCAAACGUGUACAGUUAAAACAUGUCGAAAAACCAUUCCGGACUUUGAAACUGUGGGGAGGAUCUUAAAGAGAAAGUUUGACGGUGCAACGCGAGUCGAGUUAAAGCAAAACAGUUCUGGGAAAAAGAUUACAUUCACGCCUGUGAACAAGGAACACGCAUCGCCCACAAAGAGUGACCUUGUCUACUACGAAGAUUCGCCCAACUUUUGUUCCAAGAAUUCGAAAGUUGGCUCGCUGGGAACUGUGGGACGGGAGUGCAAUCGCACUUCACAGGGCACAGACGGUUGCGACUUGCUUUGCUGCGGUCGGGGAUAUCGCAGCGAGUGGAAGACACUCCUCAAGCCGUGCAAUUGUAAAUAUUUUAUUAAAUCCUGGAAGGUGAAAUGCGAAUCAUGCAAGGAAAUUAAGAGUGUUUAUCUGUGCUUGUAGCAUAGACACGUGGACAGUAAAAUAUAUCACGUGGGCACAACAAGGACGGAUGUGAGAAUCCGGGGGGCAUGAUGGACCCCGCUGUAAUUUAGAGCAAUCGUUAAUAUUUAGAUGCUUUAGGUUAAAUAGCCAAUUUGUAAUUAUAAGUUAUUCUAUGUAUCUUAAUUGUAUUAUAGCGUUUAAAUAGAGCACUGAUUGUUAGGGCUCUUCCUUUCUAUAAAUUUUAACAACGGGCAACUGGAUACUUGGAUAGCGUGUCUGAUCACAUCAAUGAGCCAAUUUCGAAUAGGGUUAUGAAGCGAAUACACUUUCCUACGUAGACUUAACAUGACAAUUGUAAAAACGAGUUUAACGUAUUUAACAGCAUUGAGGACCUUGAUGCAAGCGACGUUUCCAACAAGAAAACGCUGCUUGCUUUAUCUCUACGUUUGCCGCGGCCUGAUUAAAGUGGUUUUGCGUAAAUUCGAAUCAUUUAGAAAAGAUCGACCUAUAUAAGUCGCUGAUUAUUGACCACCAAAAUUUCAGAAGUGACAUUUAAGAAGGAAUGGUUUCAUGAAUUCAGUCAUACGUCAUCUAACGGUCUUACAAAGAGAUUUCUGUUCUGAUCGUGGGCUCGCUCAUUUACGCAUAUCAGAUGCACUAUCCAGUUCGCCUUUCGCCUGGACCCAAGCUUUGUUUACUGGACUGCUUUGCAGACUUAAUUACGUUGACAUGCGCGGAUGUUAGCAUUGUUUACGCGCCUCAAUAGAUGUAUAGAUGUAUACCUAGCCAGAAAGAUUCAAUCAGUUAAGUUAAAUCAAAAUAAUAUACCAGGUUUCGUUAUCAAUAAAAGUAUUUACGUGAAAUAUUUCUUGUGCGUCAAUAUAGUUUGUUUUCAUUUUGACUGAAAAAGCAACGGUGAACUCUAAAAGAACUUGGACGAUUGCCUGACCGCCUUCGUCCUUUUUUAUUGCUUUUUGACUACGAUGUUUACAAAAGCGUAUACCAAAAUUUCCCAUGUUUUGCGUAAAUUGUCGAUUACAAUUUAAAAUAUCGACCAAUAGGUAGCUGAUUAUUUUGGCGACCAAGACUUCAGAACAGACACUUACAAGGCAUGGUAUAUUCUCAUUUGGAAACGGUUAUCCUAAAAACCUGAUUGCUUCAUUUUAUUCUCCCUUCUGCGCUGCAUGCAUAAAUGACCUUAGAUAUCCAGUCACGGGUGCAGUGGUAUUUCGGGUAUUCAAAACGAGCCGGAAUUAAAAAUAUUAACCAAUCUUUGAGAAGAUUUACUCAACU